AUGUUGAUGUCCCAGUAUGCUGUGGAGCUUUGCACGCUUCUCAUUGAGGAUAACUUCGGAGAGCUCUUUGCUCGCAUAUUCACUGUCUUACAACGCUAUGAACGACUUCCUUUCGCUCGAUUAAAAUUCCACUCUCGUCUGACUGAUCGCCAACUUCGUCAUGGUCUGACAGCCAUGAUUCAACAUCACCUCGUCUUCCAUUUCACCUCCCUCGAAGACAACAAUACCUAUUACGAGUCAAACCCCAAUGCUGCAUACUACCUCGUGCGCUCCGGGAAGAUUCUCAAUUUGGUAGAGGAUCGUCUCGGAGAAUAUGCGGCUCGAAUUAUGGAAACAAUCAUGUUCCUCGGCAAUGCCUCUGUAACUCAUCUCGAAACUCUCCCUCAGCUCCGAUCUCUAAACCCCCCAACCCCGAAUGGCAUCACAAACUCCAAUGAAGAAACGCAGGAAAAUGAAAUGGAGGUGGAAGAUGGACCUGUCGAAACCAAUGGGGAUCAUGCGCCGGAAUUCAAGCCAGCUCCUCUCCACGCCACCCUCAAAGCCCUUGCAUCACAUGGGUAUUUGAUGCGCGUGCGCGACGCAUCCUUUCAGAGCCCCGACGAUAAUCUCCUUGAGGCCCGACGUAUUGCUGCAUCUAGGCCAGGUAACAAAGUUUUGAAAGGCAAGAGACAGCAGGAAGCGAUUGACGCGGAUACACAAAAUUUGCUGCAAGAGCGGCUUCACGCGGAUCUUUCGGAGACCCUCAUGGUUAAUGGUCUUCCCCGAGGCAUCAAAAGGAAGUGGGGAAAUGCUGCAUCAGGCUCGACAAAUGAGCUACGGCUGGCAAAUGGUGUAAAUGGCAACGGAAACCACGCGGAGGAAGAUGAAGAAGAAAAUGACUGGUCAGAAGACGAGGAUGGAUUCGAUAAUGUUCCUAUGGAGGCUGGGUUGGUGGUACGAGUAAAUUACGAGAAAUUAGACGUCGCGCUACGAAUGGAUAGAUUUGUCACUCUUGCUGAACAGCAGGCUCCCCCGGCAACUUCAAGGGUCUACGAGUCUCUUCUUCGUCGCAUCGAAUACAAUACCUCCAAAUGUCGAGAUAAGACGGAUAUCCCCCGCGAAGGCGAGGAGGGUUCUCUUUACUCCCAACCUAUCCAGGCCGAUAGCUUCUUGAGAGAUAUCGACCCCCAAAUGGAUAUAUCUGGAGCUUUCGCCCCGCUAGACUCAUCUUCGCAGUUGGUCAAUGGACGCGGGAAACGUCCAUUGGAGAAUGGAAUCAAUGGCGAUCAUGAUGACAAUGCCAAUGACGACGAUGAGAACGGCACAAAUCGAGCUUGGGAGAUUAACCAGCAUCUUAAUCUCCUCUCACAAGCCCCUUACAACCUCACUGUAUGUGUGGAAUUGUAUGGUUCUGCUCAAUGGCAGAUUAAUUUCCGUGGCUUGGCUCGCAAAUUACGACACUUGGAGCUAGAGAGGAUGAUCGAAUCGAGAUACGGCGAUGUGGCAUUGCGUGUCAUUCGUGUCCUUCAUGCAAAGGGUAAAUUGGACGAGAAGCGACUUCAAGAAAUUAGCUUUCUUCCAUGGAAAGAUCUGCGUCAAACACUUUCUAGCAUGCAAGCUGGGGGGUAUGUGGAUCUGCAGGAAGUCCCUAAGGAUGCUCAGCGACAACCUUCUAAGACUAUCUUCUUGUGGUAUUAUGAUCCAGAUCGCGUCGUUGGUAGCGUUUUGGAGGAUACUUACAAGGCUAUGUCGAGGACCAUACAGAGAAUCAAGGUGGAGCGGAAUCGUCUCAAGGAUUUCUUGGAGAAGACUGAGCGAAGCGAUGUCAAGGGUCAUGAGGAGGAAUAUCUUACUGAAGAAGAACUGGAGCUCCUGCAACGUUGGAAAGAUAAGGAAGCUCUGUUGCUUGGAGAGGUCGCUCGCUUGGAUGACAUGGUAGCUGUAUUUCGUGAUUAUUGA